GCUCUCAGGCUUCUCUCUGUCUCGAGUGAAUUUUUAACAAAGCGAAACAGCUGAUGGCGCAACUCAGCUGAGUUGAGCCAUAACCUUUUCGGGUUGAAAAUUUUUCAUUCGCAAGAGCUGAUCAAAACCGACGAAUUUGAAGUAAAACAGAAGAAUUUUGAAACAUGUUUCGUUUCGGAACCAGAUGUUAUCUUGUUUCCAGAAAUUUCGGUACAAAAAUCGACGAAAUCGGCCAGCUCGUUAAGAAAAAUAAGGUGGUCGUUUUUAUGAAAGGCAUACCGGAAGAGCCGAGAUGUGGAUUCAGCAACGCUGUGGUUCAAAUACUACGUAUGCACGGUGUGACUUAUGAUGCUCACGACGUUCUUCAGGAUGAGGAACUUAGACAAGGUAUAAAAGACUUUUCAAAGUGGCCGACGAUACCCCAAGUGUUCAUAAACGGAGACUUUGUUGGCGGAUGCGACAUAUUGCUGGAGAUGCAUAAAAACGGCGAGCUAAUCGAGGAACUGAAGAAAGCGGGUGUUGCAAGCGCGCUCUUGGAAAAAGAGGAAUCUUCCCCGAGCGAAGCAACUCCAACAAAUCCAAAAAAUAAAUAAAACUAGUUUCGAUCGCCAAUUCGAUUUGUAAAUAAUCAAAUAUCCUGUAUCGAUAGUUCGUUUUUAUUAUUAAUAAAUAUUUUUGUUAGCCUUAAGUAAAA